AUGGCAAUGGAUCUAACGUGUCUUAGUAUUUAUCCUCCAUUACCAACAGUACCAAUAAUUGCGAAUAAUUCCAAUACAAUUGUUCAUCCAACUUAUAAACCGAAUAGUGGUAGUAUUUCUCAAAUGAUAUCUGCUUCAAUGGCACGUUCAACAUUUUCUAUAAAUGAUGUUCGAUCUUUAUUAAAAAAAUUGCUUAAAAAAGAAUUUAAUUCAUGGAAUUUUUCUGAAAUAACUGAAUUAAAACCAAUACCUUCGGUUAUUAUUUAUACUAGUAUAGCUCUUGCUUUAUUUAUAAUAUUUUCACUUAUGUUUUGUAUUAUUUCAUGUUGUCAUUUUAAAAAGAAUCAAAACAAAAAAACACAACAAUCGAAAGUUUCACGUAUUUCUCGAUAUUUAUUAAUAAUUAUUUAUUUACUUGGCAUAGCUGAUAUGAUUUAUGUUGCUUAUCGAGUAAAUCAAACAAAGGAUUCUAUUGAUAAUGCAAUCAAAGAAGUUAAUCGAGAUAUUUAUCCAAAAGAAAUAUCUGAACAUAUUGAAUAUUUAAAUAGACAACUUGAAAAUCUUGAUCAAUAUUUUAUACAAACAAAUUCAAUUUUAAUUAAUGCAUCAAAAUCAAUGUUAGUCAAGGCAUUUGAUGGAAUAUUAAAAGAAAAAUAUUUUCUUCAAAAUAUUGUUCAAUCAGUAAAUAAUGUUGAUAAUAAUAUUCAAAAUUUGCAAAACAUAAUAAAUAAAGAAUCAACAUUAUCUCCAUUAGCUGUACAAACAUUUAAAGAUAUUCAAGAACAAUAUCAAGAUAUGAUCAAUUAUUUACAGAUACCAUUAGAAGAAGUUUGUAAUUAUGCUAAUGGAACACAAACGGAUAUUGAUAUGAAAUUAUUAAAUGUAUUAAAUCUUGUUCAUGACAAGUUGAUUAAAGCAAUUAAUUCAAUUAAUGAUGAUGUUCUAAAGAAAAUAACACCUUGGCAAAAUCAUAUGUUAAUAAAUAAAGAUUUAGAAGAACAAAUUCGACACUAUAUUAAUCUUGUUGGAAUUAUUUCUCUUGUAUUAGUGAUAAUUCUUGGUAUAAUUCCUGUGGGUUUCUUGAUUUUCAUAAUAAUAUAUCGUUUAUGUAAUCGAAAUGAUAAUGAAUCAACUAAAAACAAUCAGUUAGUAAUUUCUAUUUAUUUGUUCGUUAUAUCAAAUGAUUCUUUUUCUUAA